AUGGACUCGGACGAAGAGCUGAACAACGGGAUGGGCGGGUCCAGCCAGGGCGACUGCGAGCAGCGCGAGCAGUCGCCGGGCGCAGAGGAUGACGACGAGGCGGGCUCUGGCGCAGCACAGCCGGCCGGCAGAAAGGAUAAGGCCAAGGGGAGGGCGAAGGGCGGCGCGAAGAAGAAGCGCUCGAAGGGGAGCCCGAAGAAGUCUGCCAACGGUCGCCCGACCACGGUGAAGGCUGGGAGACGGCAGUGCACUGACUGCGGGCUGACGAAGCUCCUCUCGGAGUUCAAGCCUGGAUCUACAGUGUGCUUGAAGCCGUGUCUCCGCACGAGGGACAACAUCUAUCGCGCGUGCAAGGCUGAGAACGAGCUCGAGUGGUACGAGGUGCAGAGGUCUUGCCCAAAGAAGUGGGCGAAGCUUAAGAGGUGGUAUCGGUUGAAUUGUCAGGACUUCGCGAAGGAGCACAGCAAGCCGAAGGCUUUCGCCCCGAUGCAGUACAAACAAUCGGUACGGGUCGAGCAGCAGCAGCUCAGGGACGGGGUCAAGGAGAUGAUGCACGAGGUGGCGUUCGUCCACUGGGCGUCGAAGCCCAAGAACUGGCCUCCGCGGGGAUUGUCCUCGAGCGAGGCGAGUGCAGAGUUCAAGAGGAGGAUUGACGACCCCGAGGAGAUCGUGGACUACAUGGCCGAGCACAAGGGCUACGAGACGAGGCUCGGCGUUGCAGUGAGAACGGUCCUUGUGGACCGCGACGCCUACAUCAGAGGCCAGGGGUACGAUCUGCUCGACAAGGCCACGAAAAAAACGACACAGGAGGACAUCGACAGGGCGUACAACAAGUUGCACACCAACCUCCAGGAUGUGACUGGAGCCAGCGCCCAGUUGGACUCCAAGGGCGUCUUCCAGCUGCUCAGCAAGGGCGCGAAGGCUGCCGACCGCGCCUCUCUCUCGAGCGCGUUUGACGGCCAGCUCGUGAACCUUGGAGGCAUCAAGGGGCUGGCGGGGGCGAUGAAAGCAGCUGCCGAUGAUGGAGAGGAGGUUGGCGACGAAGACGUCGGUAGCGAUGGUCACGAGGAGGAGGCGACUGACCCGAAAAGCAAGAAGAAAAGAAAAGUUGGUCAGGAUGGCGGCGAUCAACCACCUGCUGAGAAGAAGCGGAAGAUAUGGGUGGAGAAGGACCUGAAGAUCGCCGCGGCAGUAAGGACACAGGAAACAUGGGCCACUGACAUCUCGAAGGUGUUGCGUGAUCUUCAUUCUCAAUCGUUGGAUCUCGUCAACCAGGUGAACGAGCACAGCUUUGGCGAGAAGUUCAAGACCGAGGUGAACGUGAUCAACAUGCGUGCUCGGGCGUGCAGCCUCGUCCUGGGAUUGGCGGAUCACUCGAAGGCUUGGGAUGAUCAGCCCGAAGAGUUAGUUGGCCCGAUGUUGACGGAGGAGGCUUUGGCGGAGGCCAGUGUUGCUAGUCUUCGUUCCAUGGAGUCGCCAAUGAGCAAGGCUUCCCCUGCGUGCAGUCCUCCAUCGUCGAAGAGCUGUCUGCAGUUGACUGCUUCGCCAGCGGGUCCACCAGAGGCUGCGGCAGAGCAGCAGAAGCUUGAGCAGAAGCCCGACCAGGGGAAGGCCGAGGGCGGCGAGACAGGCGAGACGAAGGGCAAGCAGACGGAGGGCGACAAGCAGAAGGACGAGCAGAGGACGGAGGGCGACGACCAGAAGGACGAGGGCGGCGAGCACGGCGAGAAGAAGGACGAGCAGACGGAGGGCGACAAGCAGAAGGACGAGCAGCAGAAGGACAUCAUCGACAAGAAGGGCAACAACGAUGCUGAGGCGGCCGGCGAGGUAUUUGGAGAGAAGAAGGAGGCUUGCGAUGGCGCUGGCGCUGAGACUUCGACCCUAGCGAAGGCCCCUGACGUCGUGGACAGUGCCGAGAAGGUCGACAAGGUCGCGGUGGCGCUGGCGUCCGGUGUCGGUGGGCCGCCGAGGCGCAUGUUCUCCAGCUCGUUCGAGGACACUGGGGGCGUGAACGUCGACAGGUUCUCGGCGACCACCUCCACCGAGGGCCUCAGCAUCGCGGAGAGGCGCGAGAAGAGGGCAGCCCGCAAUCUCAAGGUCUUCAUCGCAGGGUUUCGGAGUUCGCAGCUGACUCCGCCAUGCCGUUCUUACAGGAGCUUGAUUGUGCUGCAUGAGUACCAGCCUUAUUGGGAGAAGCUGAAGCUCGCCGAGUCCGAAGCAGAUCUGAAACAAGUGGCGGAGGAGGUCAAGCCUUUCAAGAUCGCCCUCAAUGACCUGAUCUCCAUGACGAGGAACGCCACGAAUACGCUGAAGAACGCACUCAAGCAGGCGUGCGAGAAGAACAAGGACGGCGGCAAGGCCAGGAAGGUCGCGAAGGGCGACAAGGCUGGCAUAGCACUUCAGGGCAGCGGGUCGAGGCUCCAGCUGUUCGACCGGGGCGUCGAGAAGGGCACCGCCAUGCCGACCUUCGAGAUCGCGCAGGACAUCCCGGUCAACGCCCUGGCCACGCCGACCCGCGUCAAGAACGUGAGCCAGGAGGACCUCGAUGCCCUCGCGGAGAUGGCCAACGCGUUCGCGCCGAAGUUCCAGUCCUCGAGGUUGCGAACCACCGACGGCCGCGCUGAGAAGCCCAUCAAGGGCGACGCCGUCAAGCACGCGAUGUCGGUGCUCCACGCAGUCGUCCUUGACUCGUCCCACCUCCCGUUCGAGAAGAUGCGCGCGGAGCUCCAGCCAGCGGUCUUCGGCAUCUGCAAGGCCAUGGAGACGGUGAGCAUCGAGCGCGGGCGGUGCCCAUCGCUCCGCGUCCACACUCAGGGGCGUCGGCAGGUGGUGGCGGCCAGCUGCGCGUCGCUUCGGAGUUUCAUGGAGAGGAACGGGAUGAGCCAGGUCGGCCCCGAUCACCUCCUGUCCUUCUUUAAGGGCAUGGCCAAGGAGUCGAUCGACGCGUUCCUCUCCUCGGGCGGCCGCCUGUACCACACGAUGGUGUCUUCCGGGGAGGGCGUCGUGAUCCCCUUCAACUUCGUCUUCGCCGAGAAGGUGAUCUCCACCUCGGACGUCCUCGGCGUGCGCCUCUCGUUUUGGAUGAAGUCCGACGAGGCGGCCAUGGAGGCGUGCUCUCGCUGGCUCAUCACGGCGAAGAAGCCCAACUCGUGGCUCCAGAGCGCGGUCGAGUGCGUGGUCGAGGAGGGGCCUUGCCGCAAGGGGCGGUUCUCGUCGGUCGGCGGUUUUCCAGGCUCGACGGUCCUGGAGGGGCUCUCGGACGGCCUAGCAGAUUCUUCGAGGCCCCAGGCUGGCAGGCAGAGCGAGGCUGCCACGCGGCGCCUCGAGCGGAGCGCCAUGGAGCUUCUGAACUCGUGCUUCGAGGGCGCGGAAUACGUGGAAUUGGUCCAGGAGCACGGGCACGCGGGCGACGCCAAGUCCCGCACCACGGUCCACCAGCGUCCGAGGCCGGAGCGGCCGCCCCGGAAGCUCCCGGAGAUCCUGUGCGCGCUCGGGGUGGCCCUGGGCGCGAUGGUGCUGGGGGCGGCGACGGGGCAGCAGGCGUGGGUGCUGCUGCGGCUGCGGACCAAGGGCUGGUGCGUGGGCUCGCGGCACGUCGGCAGCCUGGGCCUCGACGCGGCCCACCUGGGCGUGGCCGCGCAGGCCAUCUACUGCAGCACCCUGCGCCACGACCCGGGCACGGAGACGGCAGUGGCGGUGCUCUGCGCGCUGGUGUUCGGGGCGGGCGCGCUGCGCUUCGCGUUCGGGCGCGCUUACUUCGUGUCCUGGAACGAGGAGGAGGAGAUGCACGAGCUGCAGCGGCUGUACCGCACGAGGGCGUCGGGAGAGUGGUUCGUGCUGGCCGCCUGGAAGUUCCGCGUCCUCGCCGCCUUCUUCUUCGACAUCGUGGUGUGGAUGUGGUUCAGGUACUACCUGGACCUCUAUCUCGACAUCCAGGCCAUGCAGAUCUUCUGGGAAGGCGGCCAGCUCGGCUUCCUCUUCAGCAACCUGGGCGGCAUCGUCCUCGGCCUGGUUUGGACUGCCGUCGAGCUCUACAAGAUACUCCGCGAGGGGGAGGAUGGCGACGGCCCCUCGCUCCCCGGGUACCAGGUGCUCAUCGUCGGGCUGCUAAUCCCGCUCGCGGGCGGCCACGUGACGUAUCUCUCGAUCUUGUCACUGGCGAUGGGCCAGAAGCACCGGUUCCUGUUCAUCUCGACGCUGGCGGAGUCCAUCCUGGAGUCCGCGGUCUCCGCCUUUGUGCAGACCUACGCGGUCGUGUUCUCCACCCUGGACCUGGCCGACAAGGCGGACCUGUACGCGUCCAUCGCCCUGUCCUUCAUCUCGAUCGGGUAUGCGUUCGCCUCCCUGGACCGCUACGACGGCGGGGAGAUGCUCGUCCAGCUGCCAGGACUGUGCCGGAGCACCUCGGCGGCGUACUGGGCGGUCUUCGUCUUCCGCGUCUGCGAGGUGACGUCGAGGGCGGCCUCGCUGGCGCUCUUCCAGUGUGUCAUGGGCGGCUGGUCGAUCGUGUACGUGGUGCUCGGCGACAGCGCGCUGAUGUGCACGCUGGCGGCGCUGCACCAGCUGGCGAGGAGCCGCUCCUUCGGGUGGAAGCUGCUGAGGAGCAACAUCUUCUUCGCGCUCCCGUCUUGCAUCUGCCUAAUGACGCCGAUGCUCGAGAAGGAUAGCCCACUCGCGGUUCAGCCCGAGCUGUACUACGUCCUGCGGGCCGUGGAGCUGGCGGGCAUGUUCGUGCUAUGCGGCGAACGGCUCGCGUGGGACUUGAACGCGGGCCGCGAGCUCUUCGCCGACGACGCGCUGAUGGUGGCCACCUUCUGCUGGAGCACGCUUCUCAUGGUGGUGCUCGGCGUCGGGCUGCGCGGCUUCCUCGCCGUGCGCACGCUGCUGGAGGCGCCGCAGUCCAUGUGGUCGAUGCGCGCGUUUACCAUCACGCAGCAGAUCCAGCGGGACCGGAUCCUGUCCGGCCCGAAGCCCAAGCCGGACGAUCAGAGGAUCAUCGCCGCGCGCAUCAGGAGCCAGCCGGCCGCGGCGAGCUGGGACCUGCGCGCCGCGCUCGGGGAGGAGCUGCCGGCGUGCGCGCCGGGGGAGGAGUGGUUCGCCGGGUUCCUGGCGGCGCGGCUGUCCAUCUGCAUGGAGGAGGCCCUGCGCUCGCUCGAGGACACCUUCCUCGGCUCCCGCGGGGACGGGCUGCGCAGCACCCCCAGCCCGCGGCAUCCUGCAGCACCGCGCCGGCAGCCUGCUGGGGUCCCAGUACUGGCAGCAGCACGGAGCGCUGGGCCCCGGCGUGCUGAGGACCGGCGAGCUCAUCCACAUCCGCAUCCCCGAGGGCGGGCUCACCGCGGUGGACGGCAGCAUCGCCGUGAGGUGGGCGGGCAACCAGACCGACCAAAAGUUCGUGCUGGAGCCCUUCGGGGAGGACGAGGACCAGAGCGAGCGCGUGCUGACCGGCGCCCCCGUGCGCCUGCGCGCCCUGGAGCGCGGCCGCCUCGUGCGGGUGGCCGGGAGGAGCGGCGGCGGCGGGCCCGGAGGGGAGGCCGACGAGGAGGCCCCCGCGGCGGGGGCCGACGAGGACCCGGACAGGGAGACGGCCCUGGUGGAGGACGAGGAGGUCGCCACUGCCUUCACGCUUGCGCUCGUGCACGAGGAGGAGUACCGCACGGCCAAGCGCUUCGCGCUCCACGUCAGGCCGACGCCCGGGAGCCUGGAGCUCGCGAGCUUGACGCCCACGCAGUCCAGCGAGCGGCCGGAGCCGAGCCCGGAUUGGGUGGCGUCCGGCUGGCGGAUCGCGCUGAUCAACGGUGA